AUGCAGUGCUUGUAUACGGCGUUCAACAAUCUGCCAGAAUCUUCACAUGAGGAGCUUAUCGGAAUGAUUAGGAGUAUGCCAGAGCAAGAUGUUGCCGAGAUUAUCCGUCGCCUAAAAGCGGGUAUGGAUGCCGCAACAAUAGUAAGCUACGUGAGGGAUGGCAAUCUGCUCGUGCAACUCUCAUUGACACCAGAGACUACUCGUCGAUAUGAAUUCUCCUUGGUGACCGAGAUGCCAUACCACCUCUACAUCGGAGGCAACCCGUAUCUGGAAUCCUUGUACCAUAGGUCCUUGUUUCCACGUUCAACCAGUGGUAGCGAGAACUCGAGUCAGGAAACCGAAGUUCAAGGUGUCAAAAAAGAUAACCGGCGUGUAGUAGACAAUGACAUUCAUCAUAGCGCGUACGAGAUGCCGUACCACACUGCGCAAAUGGUUGAACCAUUGAUGGAAAAGGUCACCGCAGCACCAUGGACCAGGGUCAUCUCCGAUGAUCACUUGUUCAGAAGGCUCAUUUCCUCCUACUUUUGUCACCCUCAUCCUUGCGGCCCUUUCGUACACAAGGAUUUAUUCUUGGAAGAGAUGGCUGCGGGCCGGACUACAUUUUGCCCGCCAUUGCUGGUCAACGCUAUGCUUGCCAAUGCUUGUCAAAGCUGCUCUACUAUUCCAGACCGUUCCAAGGUAUGGUUGCCAGAGUCUCUGACAUAUAGAUUCAUGGCCGAAGCAAGACGAUCGUGGGAUUUUGAAUCGUUGCCGGGCAGGAGCAAGAUCCCGACCAUACAGGCGGCGCUCAUACUCAGCUAG